AUGGAGUCAGGAACUGAAAACACCAAUGCAUUACUGGACAAGAUGGUCAGAGAUCAGCCUCAGAUGACAGCAUCCAUUUCAUCUUUUGGUUCGUUGUCUAUGCUAGACCAGUCAGUCCGCAAGCUGCUGCUCCAUUCCAACGACGUCAGUAAAUGUCGUGAGAACCCACUGACAAUCAAGGGGAAGCGCAUUCAGUUGGCCAAGAUUCUCCUACUCGUCCUCGUGCCAAUCGUCUCGCUGGCCGUGCUGGCUGUUUUGGAUCUGCAGGCCAUCGCGCAGAGCAACGGCGUGGACAUCGAGAUCCGCAACGUAAUCCGAUUCAGCCGGGACAUUGGGGUCCUGCUGAGCCGCUUGCAGAGGGAGCGCGACAUGACGGCGCUGUACGUCAGCGUCAUCGGCCCCCAGGAUAUCAAGUUCCUUACGGAAAUCUACCCAGAGACCGACGAAGCCAUCGACGAGCUGCAAGACUGGCCGGUGGAGACCAGCAUCCUGAACGAGCUGCCUUUCUUCCAGCGGAAAAGUGACUUCAAGAUGCACCUGGUCGAGCACCGCAAGUCUGUCACCCGCUCCGACACUGCCGUCUACGACGAAGUCAACUUCUACACGGAUAUACUCCAGAUCUUUAUCGACUGGCUGUAUGAAAGCAUCGGCAAUUCGGAAGGCAAUGGUCUCUGGCAGGUGCUGGUAGCGUACCAGUUGCUGAUUGUCAGCAACGUCGAGACGGGUAUCGAGCGUACUCUCGGCUCCGUUUUCUUCACACUUGGAGGGUUCGAAAGGCACGAAGACUACGUCUGCACGUGGUCGGGAUGUCCGACAACUUCACAGCGACCAUCGAUAUGA